UGCCUUAUAGCCGUGGUUUUCACAUCAGAUUUAGCGGUAACCAGUGUGAAGCAAACAUGGCGGGAAGACCAAAGAACAUUCGGGAGUACCAAGUUAAUGCCAAGAAAGGAAUGCAAGCCAACUACUGGGACUAUUACGAUAUACCUGGCGAGGAUUAUCAGACAUAUGCUGACAGCGUCGCCGCUUUCAAAAGAUAUAGGUUUCGUCCUCGCGUGUUAGCGGAUGUGUCUUCGAUUUGUCUUUCGACGACCUUGCUUGGUACGCCAAUCAGUUCACCCAUCGGAGUGGCACCCUCUGCGUUACACCGCUUUGCUUACAAAGAGGCUGAGAUCGGGACUGCUAAAGGUACAUCGGCUGCUGGCACAGUGAUGGUUCAGAGCUGCUUUUCAAACACACACGUGGCCGAGGUCUCAACCGCGGUACCAACCGGGGUUCGCUGGAUGCAGAUGUAUAUCUUCAAUGAUCGAGAACUGACUAGAAGCCUCAUCAAGCAGGCCGAAAAGGCUGGGUACAGUGCCAUCGUAGUUACUGUGGAUUCUCCGGGAACCGGUUGGAACAUAGACGAAUUUCAGGAGAAGUUUGGUAACGACAGACUGCUUAUAUACCCUAAUUUGGAAAUAGGUCUACCUGGACAAAUAGAAGCAAAGAAAAACGGAGACUUGAAUUUAAUAAAAUAUUUUUCAUCUCAGCUCAACUCGAAGCUUACAUGGAAUGAUGUUAGGUGGGUCAGAGAAGAAACGUCCCUUCCAGUAGUGUGCAAGGGAAUCCUUACAGCCAGGGCAGCGAAACAGGCAGCCGAUGCUGGUGUUGAUGCCAUCAUGGUAUCGGCCCACGGAGGACGGCAGCUUGAUGGAGUACCAGCUCCAAUUGACGCUCUGGCUGAAGUCGUGGAAGCAGUUCGUGAUCGAAACCUUGAGGUAUACAUGGACGGAGGAAUACGGACUGGUUCAGAUGUCCUCAAGGCUUUAGCCAGAGGUGCUAAGGCUGUAUUUGUUGGAAGACCUGUCCUCUGGGGUCUAGCUUGUGAGGGGGCUGAAGGAGUAAAGGAAGUCCUGAACAUACUUCGGAGCGAGCUUGAAUUCGCAAUGGGAUUGUGUGGUUGUUGUGAUGUGAAUUCAAUACCGUCUGAUAUCGUGGUACCCCAAGCCUAUUACAACAUUCCAAGACAUAAGCUUUGAAAUUAGGGCUUCUUAUAGUUGAAACAUGUUGAACCAUGUAUUUCAAUCUUAAUUCUGCCGAUAGAAAUUCGCAACGUCGCUUGUAAAACAUCUACAUUAGUUCCUGUAUACAUGUAUUUAUCAUUUCGUUCUUUGGUUGAAAUAUUUGUACUAAAUUUAAGAGGUAAUGCAGAGUUUUGGUAUUGGGUCAUGGAUUUGGUUCAAAUUAUCAUAUUUGAAGCAUAUA